CGCAAAGCAGAAAAACACGGAAAUGCCAUGUUAGAAGAACCUUACCAUGGGCAACACCUCGCGUUAAUGUCGUCCUUAGAAUAGUUUUAUCAAAUCACAAGGGCUCUACAUCAUAUCGAGUGUAAUAUUUCACUUUACCUGAGAGUGUAUCCGGGUAAUGCUCGUAGUGUGGUUAAUGGUUUUGUAGCCGAGCUGCUCUUUGCUUCGUUGAAACACUGAAAGCAAACUGUUAGAAAGCUCCUACAUGAGCAGCUGGAGAAGAUGCCUGCUCGUAACGUUGUGUCCAGCGCGAUUCCUAGCAGCAAAGUUAAGUACUCCAGGUUAGCCUCUGACGAUGACGGCUACAUUGACCUACAGUUCAAAAGGAACCCACCCAAAGUCCCAUACAAAGCCAUAGCGCUAGCCACAGUGCUCUUCCUUAUCGGCUCUGUGCUAAUCAUCAUUGGUGCCCUUCUCCUGGCUGGAUACUUUGGAGUCACUCACUCAGACCGAACUGUGCCUGUCCUCAUCAUCGGGAUCCUUGUCUUCCUGCCUGGAUUUUACCACCUACGGAUAGCUUACUAUGCAUCAAAGGGAUACCCAGGGUACUCCUAUGAUGAUAUCCCAGACUUUGAUGACUGAGCCACUGACCCACACCAUAGCUCGGUGUGCUAACAUGUACUCCUACUGUAUUGGCUGUGCUCAAUUUAAGCUAUUGAUACAGAAUAUUGUACAUUUGUUUUGUUAGCUUGUUGAAUUCAUUAAGUGAUUCAGUAGUGCUUUUUUAUUUAUAUAAUGUUAUUUUAUUAUUUAGAUAGAUGAUAUUGGCACUAUUUAAUCAUACUCAUUUAAUUAAAGUAAAAUUUAAAGUGUCAGAUUAUGGCCUAUUUAAUAGAAACAUUGUCUUAUAACUUAACUCUUAGUUGGUCAACAAUAGAACACAAUAUGGCUGAUAACUGUGGACGACGUUUAAAGUAGAUAAAUAAGAUAAGUAGAUACAGUAGAAUAAAGUAGAUAAAUAGAUUUGCAUCACAGUUUUGAUGACAAUGUGCUAAAUCUCAACCUGAACAGACUUGGCUAAGUGAUAUAAAAUGCAUAUCUUGUCUGGCAUAAAAAUGAUUUUAAUAAAAGGAUGUUUAUUGUUUA